AUGAAGCUCCAGGUUGCGGAGACUGAAGCUGGUCCAAUACGUGCCAUUGCAGAUGAUCGUCUCCUCGUCAAUCCAGGCCUCUGGUUGGUGCAUCGAAUUGCAUUUAAUAUAACCGUCCGACAGUACAAACUGCUUUGGAUGUGUAUGGUGCGGUUGCGUAUGAUCAAUCUGGACCCAGACUUCUCCACGCCAACAGAGCACGUCCCUGUACAAGCAAUGCCCGGCGCAGAAUUCGUCGAUCGAUGUCUUCAAUGCCUUCCAUUCGAUAAGCGUUACUUGAUCGAGGCGCUGCUUUCUCACGGAACGAUAACAAUCCCAGAAGUCGACGAACUCUUACGCGCCCUUGCACAUUACCAACGAGACGACGACCAAAUAGUCAUCCUCGAGGGUUUGUUCAAGUGGACCAGACAAGCAUCGAUCGAGAAGGACUUGCAGGAUGUGGCCCGACGAGCAACCCGUUUGCACAUUUCGGAUACGGGUAGGCAUCUCACCGCCGUGAGACGCUGCCUCGUAACGCCGACGCGCUGCGUUCUCAACCCUCCGACAUGGGAGACAUCGAACGAGAUGCUCCGUGACCACGAACACUACGUCGACCGCUUCUUGCGUGUGCAGUUCGUCGACGAUGACGGUGACUUCCCGGUGGUGGGGGAGACACUUGUGAUCGACGACGAAAUGCAAGGGAGAGAAGGUGUCUUCGCCCGUGUACGGCGCGCGCUGUCGGACGGCCUCGUGAUUGCAGGUCGCCACUAUGUCUUCGCGACCUUUAGCGAGAGUCAGGCCAAAGAGCGGGGAUGCUGGAUGAUUGCAGAAGACGGGCCUUUCACUGUCUCUGCCGUCUUGGCGAAGAUGGGUGACCUGUCGCAAGAGCGCAUCAUCGCGAAACAUGCCGCAAGACAGAGAGGCUCUAUGCCGAAAAAGAUCACGAUCAACCGAGCCCUCGAUGAUAUAAAGAGGAAUUCCUAUGUAUUCACCGAUGGCGUGGGACACUUCUCGCAUUCCCUCGCCCAAGCCUGCGCGAAAACUCUUGGAUAUCGUCUUAUUCCCGUUUCCGCAGCGCAAAUCAGGAUCGGCGGGGCGAAGGGCGUUCUUGCGGUUGUUCAGGACGAGACUCUCGGGGAGAACGAAGUCAGACUGCGGCCAUCGAUGAUCAAACUUCAGGGUGUGAAGCCGGAGCCAACCCUCAACAUCAUCAAGGUUGCAACGUACUCCAAGGCAACCUUGAAUCGCCAAGCGAUACUACUGAUGGAAGACCGCGGAGUGAGCAGCGACACGCUAUUUGACAUCUUCACGCAAGAAAAGAGGAGAAUCCAGGGGCUCGAGUCAGGAUUUGAUCCGAUGCGACUGGCGUCCGUCACCACAUUCCCGCUUGCAAGGGCUCUCAGGCAUGAUAUUAAGGAUCCUGUUGUACAGAAUGUGACAAGUCUGGUAAAGUGCAGGUUGCUCUGUGACCUCAAGUGGAAGGCCUGGAUCGAGUUAUCUGAGAGCGCAUAUCUGAUGGGUAUUGCAGACGAGACCGACUCCCUCCAAGAAGGCGAGAUUUUCUGCCAAAUCCAUCCAUCAGGCUCGGAUCCUCAAGUCAUCGAGGCACGGUGCACGAUCUACCGGAAUCCUUGCUUGCAUCCUGGUGACGUUCGCCUCGUCACCGCCGUUGACUGUCCAAAGCUGCGCCACUUGCGCAAUGUGAUCGUAUUCAGUACCCGAGGUUGCAGAGACCUACCGAACAUGCUUGCAGGAGGCGAUCUCGACGGAGACUGUUACUCGCUGAUUUGGGACCCAAGGCUUUUGAUCCCAGAAGGUGGAGAGUACGAGCCGAUGGACUAUACACCUCCGCCUGCUGUGCGCAGCGAGUAUCCGGUCACAAUAGAGCAGACGAAGCAGCAUUUCCUGGACACGAUGAAGAACGACGUGCUGGGCCGAGUAUGCAACGCACACAUGGCCCUGGCGGACUUGCACGGCCCGUCUGACUUCCAGUGCCGGGAGCUUGCCUCGCUCGCCUCGCAGGCCGUUGACUUCUCGAAGACGGGUGUAGCCGUACAGCAGUCUGAGAUUCCGCGGCUGGAAGAGUACCCCGACUUCAUGGGCAAGGAAUACAAGUCUAUCCGGAUAUUCAAGAAGCAAGAAAUCCGGUCGUAUUCGAGCGAAAAGGUCCUCGGCAGGAUGUUCCGCGAAAUCGAUCCCGAGCCGAUUUUUGAGGAGGCCGUAGAGCUCGCCGGCGACCCGCGGUUGCUCGAAGCUGGUGAAGAGACUGGUUUCCGGGAGUAUCUGCAAGAGGCAGCCAUGCACAAGGCGCGAUACGAGUUCGAGUUGACGGGACUAUUGAGGAGGUACAACAUCAACGAGACGGAAUGCGUCGCAGGUCUUCUUCUUCGUUCUCCGAAGACGAGGCUGAAGGUUGAGAAAGACUAUGACUUGCGGGUUGCUGUCCGCGAUGCAUACUCCCACAUCAUUGCUGCAACGAUAGCACGCGCUGACGGAUAUAUCAAGGAACAUCCGGUCUCAGAAGAUUCGACGCAAUAUCGGCUCGCCUGGGCGAUUGCAGCAUACAAGCUCACGUACGAUCAGGAAUAUAGUACGUACUUGAAGAUCGAUUGGGGUAAAGUCGACGAGGCGAUAUGGGGUGGUGGAUAUGACGAAACUUUGGACGAAUUUGAAGAGGUUGAGAGCUCUGAGAGACGAUUGAGUUUUCCUUGGGUUUCUGCCGAUUCGCUGUUUAUGCUGCUCUGUUGA